UGGGAGAGGAGCCACACGCGAAAGCCACCGAAGUCAGAGAAAGGUAAUGGCGUCGGGGAAGCUUCCGCGGGAGUUGGAGGAAGAGAUACUGUCUCGGCUCCCACCCCGAUCUCUUGUUCGGUUCAGAUCCGUAUGUAAACACUGGAACGAUCUUUUCAACGACAAGAGGUUCCACAACAACCACUUUGCUCGUGCUCGUCCCCAAUUCAUUUUCCUGACCGAAUCUAAGAUCAGUUACUCGAUAGACAUCGAUCUCCGUGGAACAAUAGAGGUACGUGAGCUUGUCUCUGAUUUUACUUGUCAGGCUAUGGAUUUGAUACAUACCACCAUCACCGCUUGCGAUGGGUUAUUGUUUCGUGACUUUUGGAAGCAAGGUGUUGCGGUUUGGAAUCCGUGGUUGAGACAGGUUGGAUGGAUCGAGUACGAGGAUAAAGGUUUCCAUUUUUGCGGUGUAGGAUACGAUAGUUGUAAACCCGAAAAGAGUUACAAGAUCUUGGGGUAUUUUAAUUGUCUCCGUAAAGUCAGCGACACUUACCAUUGGCCCAUCAUGGCACCUUUGUCCUUGAACGGGAAUCUCUAUUGGCUUACUCAUGAACCUGAGACUUAUAAGUAUUUCAUCCGAUGCUUUGAUUUCUCCAAGGAGAUAUUCAAACCUUUUUGUCUCCUGCCCUGUCUAAAGAACCGUUCUCGAGAUGAACUUGUCCUCGCGGUUUUUAAAAGAGAUCGGUUUUCGUUGUUAAAGCAAUGUAAUGUAACAGGGAAGAUUGAUAUUUGGGUAACGAAGAAGAAGAUUGAUGGAGAGGAAGUAGUGUGGAUAAACUUGAUGACUUUGCCAACAACUAACUUGCCUAAGCGAAACUGGAGCUGUUUGCAUCUAUAUGGUAAGGGGAGGUAUGUUCAAGAGGAUUCAGAUUGAUUCAUGGAUUGUUCGGUUUUCUCACUGUCUAUCUUCCAAAUUUGAUCUCAGUUCCUUAAUAAUUCAUAUUACAUCAAGUUUAGAUUUUGGAUUUUUCGUGUUUUAUUACAAAUCUGAAUUCAAUAGUUGUGUCCUCACUUUUGAUUCAGAAGCAAUUUCUGCUCUCUUUGUUGUUGGAGCAGAGUAUAUGGAGCUUUUCCCUUCUUUGAAAGUUGAUUUUGUUUAACUUUCUCAUAUGCUCUGUUUACAUGUGGAUUGAUUUAGAAAUAAACGAUAAUAGUACAU